UUGAAAAAGAGCACCAGCAUGAACCAUACGGGAGAUACUGGAUCUGAUCGCUAUGUGGGGAGAGGAUUCCGUGCUAGCAGAACUAUGUUUCAAAAGACGAAAUGUCAAAACGUUUGAAAAAAAUUUCCAAGGGCAUGAUGGAGAGAGGCCACAAUAGGGACUCACUACAGUGCCGCGUGAAAGUUAAGGAGCUCAGACAAGCCUACCAGAAAACCAAAGAAACAAAUGGAAGGGCCGGGUCAGAGCCACAAACAUGCCUCUUCUACGCUGAGCUGCAUGCAAUUCUAGAGGGGGCCACCACCACUACCCCACCUCUGACCGUGGAUUCCAAGGAGGGAGUAGUCUCAGCCAUGCCUGAGGAUUCUGUGGACAGGGAAGAUGAGGAGAAGGAGGAUGAGGACAAGCUUGCGGAGAGCACGCAGCACUCCGUUCUCCCCAACAGUCAGGAUCUUUUUCUCAGCUUGAAUGAAGUACUCUCCCAACCCUUCCAAGGCAAUAUCCCAGAUCAUGAAGCCAUGGAAGGGAUCUCUGCUGCAAAUUUUUCAAGCCUCCCUCCUCCGUCCCGAAGGCUAUCUCAGAUAAGGCAGCGAAAAAACCAGACGCAAGACGAAAUGUUUUCUGAAAUCAUGGAAUCCACCCGCAAUGAAAGUGCUCAUCUGAAUGAGUGAAAGGACACGGUAUGAAAGUACAGGAAAGAUGCCAGUGAACGUGAGGACAGGAGGGACC